UUCCAAUCCCCUCCAUAUCAUGUGAUUCAGGUGUUCCAAUCCCCUCCCAAUCCUGUGAUUCAGGUGUCCCAAUCCCCUCCAUGGACACAGGUGUAUACAAUCCAUCCCCUAGGCAUGCAGACGGCUUCUACAAACAUUGGUGAAAGAAUGGGUCGCUCUCAGGAGCUCCGUGACUCCAAGCGUGGUCCCGUGAUAGGUGGCCACCUGGGCAAUAAGUCCAUCCGUGACAUUUCCUGGCUACUAAAUAUUCCACGCUCAACUGUUAGUGGGAUUAUAACAAAGUGGAAGCAACUGGGAACAACAGCCACUCAGCCAGCAAGUGGUAGGCCACGUCACAUGACAGGGCGGGGUCAGCGCAUGCUGAAGCGCACAGUGCGCAGAAGUCGCCAACUGUCUGCAGAGUCAAUAGCUAGAGACCUCCAAACUUGGUGUGGCCUUCAGAUGAGCCCAACAACAGUGCGUAGAGAGCUUCAUGGAAUGGGUUUCCAUGGCCGAGCAGCUGCAUCCAAGCCUUCCAUCACCAAGUGCAAUGCAAAGCGUCGGAUGCCGUGGCGUAAAGCACGCCGCCACUGGACUCUA